ACAAGUAGUGUUUUAUUUUCUUUGAGAAUUCUAAUCCUCAUAGCCUCUCGGAAAUUAAAAAAAUAAAACAAAACCCUCCUCUUGGUUCUAUUUGAUCCAGUGGCCAAAAUUCAAUAAUUGAGAAGCUAAUUCAUCAAUGGGGUCUCUUUGAUUCAAGUUUAUGCAAAUGGAUGGUUUCUUGAUGAUGCAUAUGGGAACUUCAGGUUUUGGAUUUAGAUAUUUGUGAUUAAGAUCUCAACAACAUUGCUUUGGCUUAUACUUACAAAGAAGAACAGCCAAUAGCGAGACCUCUUGAAAUGGAAUUUAAUAAAGAGGAGGCAUCUAGAGUCAAAGAGAUUGCAGAGAAGAAGUUUGCAGAGAGGGACAUUGCUGGGGCAAGAAGAUUUGCAGUGAAGGCUCAAAACUUGUAUCCUGCACUUGAUGGUCUUCCUCGACUUUUAGCAGCUCUUGAUGUGUACAUGGCUGCUGAUAACAGAACAAAUGGAGAUGUAGACUGGUACAGAGUCCUUGAUGUUGAAUCGUCAGCAGAUGAUGACACAAUCCGGAGACAUUACAGGAAACUGGCUCUCAUUCUGCAUCCUGAUAAAAAUAAAGCAACAGGCGCUGAUGGGGCAUUUAAGAUUGUAUCUGAAGCCUGGAAUCUGUUGUCUGAUAAAGUGAAGAGAAUUUCCUUUGACCAGAAGCGGAAUGUAAAAGGUAUGGAUCAAAAAGUUCCAAAUUGGAAAUCAUCAGUGCCAGCUGGUCAGAAUGGUUCCCGUGAUCUCUCCAGCAAUAAAAAUUCUAAUGCACGGAGCCAGAAGAGUGCUGUGCACCCGAAGCCUGCUCCUCCUCACCUGUUUUCCAAACCCAAUACCUUUUGGACAAUCUGUAAUGCAUGCAAAACACAAUUUGAGUACCUUAGAACUUAUCUCAACCACAACCUUCUUUGUCAGAACUGUUGUCAGUCCUUCUUGGCUUUUGAGACGCCACCCCCAUCCAUGGAUGAAAAUGGCCCAUCCCGUAUGUGGACUUCAUACAGCAAAGAAGAGAAUUCUACUCGGCAUACAAGGGCUGAAAAAUCAUCUGCAUCAUCUACGUUUCAGCCAGGGGUAUUUUGUAAAGAUGGCAGUGUUGGAAGUGCAGCAUCAGCAUUGUCAGCUGCUCAAUCUGAGAAAUUGAAAAGAAAGCAUGAAGAGGAAUUCCUUCACCAGCAAACAAAAACAGUUGCUGGAGGAGCUUCUGGAUUCAGCAAGUCUGGUUCCAGUUCUGUACUGAAAGGAGAUAGGCUGAAGAAGAGAAGGUGCUCUGAUGAGCAAAGGGCAAACAGUAAUGGAAAAGAGAAAGCAAAGGAGGUGGCUAACAGAAAUGGAGUUGUUGAAUCUGGUUCUCGAAAGAGUAGUUUUGAAGCAGGGAGGAGGAACAUUUCUGGCAACCAUAAAGUUAAUAGCACAAAGGAGUUGACACAAGCAGAAACUCGAAAGAUGAUGAUGGAGAAGGCUAAGAGGGACAUUUCCAAGAAGGCGAAGGAAUGGAGCAGUGUGGCUAAUGUUCUAAAGACAUCAGGAAAGUAUAUAAACAAGGAGAGAGGAAAGCAGAAGGCUACUAUGAAUGGCACAAAAGCUGAUGCGAGAGAAUGUCCAGAGUAUCUAGUUUCCAAGAGCAGAGCUCACUCCACUGACCCUUCACCAAUUAAUGCUAAUGAUGAUCCAGAUACAAACAUCAGUGAUCGGCUAGCACUGAGUGUUCUGGAUCCAGAUUUUCAUGAUUUUGACAAGGAUCGCACCGAGAAAUCAUUUGGUGAUAACCAGGUUUGGGCUGCUUAUGAUAAUGAUGAUGGGAUGCCUAGGUAUUAUGCCAUGAUUCACAGUGUGAUAUCACGGAAACCUUUCAAAAUGCGGAUUAGUUGGCUUAACACCAAAAGCAACCGUGAAUUGGGCCCAUUAAACUGGAUUGGUUCUGGCUUUUACAAGACCAGUGGAGAAUUCUGGAUAGGCAAGCAUGAAGUCAAUAAGUCUCUUAAUUCUUUCUCUCACAAGGUGAAGUGGGUGAAGGGCACAAGAGGAGCCAUUCAAGUAUAUCCUGGAAAGGGAGAUGUUUGGGCCGUUUAUAAAAACUGGUCCCCUAAUUGGAAUGAGCAUACCCCAGAUGAAGUCAUACACAAAUACGACAUGGUUGAAGUGCUUGAGGACUACAAAGAGGAGAGAGGAGUUGCUGUCGCCCCUCUUGUUAAAGUUGCUGGUUUCAAGACGGUGUUUCGCCAGCAUCCUGAUCCAAGCAAAACCAGGACAAUUCCAAGGGAAGAGAUGUUUAGGUUUUCUCACCAGGUGCCUUCAGUUCUGCUCACAGGUCAAGAAGGUCAAUAUGCUCCUAAAGGUUGCUGGGAGCUUGAUCCUGCAUCAACUCCUUUGGAGCUACUUCAGGUAUUAACAGAAGUUCAGCUGGAUGCAAUGAUGGAGACUGCUGAAAAAGAUAAGGAAAAAUAUUCAUCUGGGGAUAUGAAAAAAUCCAGCGAAGAAGAGUUUGUUGAAAAUGUCAACACAGUCAAGGAGAAAGGGGUGGUGGGAGAGGCUGCUAGAGAAGAUGUGACUGGUGGUAGGAAGAAAAAGGGUAAGGAAACAAAUGAAGACACGGUAAUUGUGUAUAAACGGAUGCGACGAAAGAACUAGGGAAAAAAGCUAGAAGUUUCUCUGUUAGGCUUGACUUAAACUGAAGGGCUCACUUAACAGUUUUUGCCAAGUAGUUGAAGUGUUAGAAAAUUGAAGUUAGAGAUCAUUGCAGGCCAAAGUCUCAGAAAACUUUCUUUUUAGCAUUUCUUCAAAGACUACUGGGGCGUGGUUUUACAGAAACUGGUUCAGCAAUUCUUUCCUUUUCUAUACAUUGGUGGGAUUACAGUUUUGUUUGAAGUUACAGGAUGCCUUUGAGACUUUAUCCUAGCUGUGUUUGCAACUUGAAGACAGUUUGGAAGGCUGAAUUUACACACAGGGUAGCAGAAUUUAGAGCUUACCACCCAAUAGGCUAAGCUCUCUUUUUUUUUGUUGCUGCCCACUGAUAAUUUUAAUAAUGUUUUUGGUUACUCUCCAAAGGACUGGUGUUCUGCAGCUGGUCAAUUUUGUGUUACAGGAGCUGCACCCCAUAAUUCUUGUAUACCUGAGAAAGGCUUCAGAAUCUGUUAUUAUGAUACACAAAAAUACGAAGAAUUUCAACAUC